GCGGAGUGCGGGGGGAGGGGCAGGGAGCGGGAGCUGCCGCCGCCGCCGGAGCUAACCGCGGGGACCGAGAUGCAGGUGGGACCGGAACCGGAACCCCCCUCUUCAAGUACCUCUUCCCCUCUCCGCGACCCGGCCCCGGCGCCUGAGAGGAGCCCUGGGUGGGGGCAGGCGUGGGGGGGCGGGGGCAGAGGCAGGAGGGGCGCUCGGUCCCGUAGAGUGCAGCUGACGGGGCUGGUCCCGAGGUGGCUGCGGCCCCGGGGGAAUGGACGGGUCGAGGGUGUCCAGGGAGUAGGGUCGGGUUGGAGUGCAUUGACCACCGGGCCCAGAGGCUCCGAGCCGGGAGCGGAGCCUGCACCCGCCACCACCCGCCCUCCGGGAAAUUUCAGAACUGAGCCAAGAGGCAGGUGCACCGGGGAAAUGGGUCUGAGUCUUGCUUGGCAGAAGAGAAACUGAGUCACCAGCUCUGGAGCCGCAGGGUCAGCGGGCCCGAAGGGGGCUGGGUCGGCCAGUGGUGCAGAGGGUUGGGUGGGCCCGUGUGAGCUGAGGUGGCCACUGCCUGGAGAUUGCUCUCUCUGCUGUGUCUGCACCUCUUGGCUCGGUUCCCCUGUGCUCCAUGACUCUAGCAUCUCCUGGCUUCUCGUUGGUUUGGAAUUGCCCCUGUGUUUGGAGCCAUCUGAAUGUGUAGGAUCUAGGCCAAGGAGGAAGGGGAGGGGUCGCGAUUGUGGGUCUGAGCAGGAGUCUGAGGUUGGGGGGACACUUUCCUGAGCUGUCCUCCCUGCAGUUCUGGUGACAGUCAUCAUCCAGUGUAAUACGGGGGAGGAACACUAACAAAAAGCCAUGGGUUUUAAAUGCCAUGCCCGGCGUUGCCACUUGCUAGUUGUAAGAUCUUGGGAAGCCUCUUCCUUUCUCUAAUUUCUCUUUUGGAAAAAUCGGAACCCAUAAAGAUAGUAAUAAUGGCAGUCAUGUAUUGUGUGCUUACUCUCUGCCAAGCCCUGACGUGUUCCGUUUGAUUCUCCCCGUGAUUCUAUGGGUUAGGGAGCAUGAGCUCUAUGUUAUAGAUAGAAAUCUGCAGUUGAGAGAGGACGUAGACUCUGUUCAAGAUCACAAAGCGAAUAGGGGGCAGAGCCGGGACUUCAUCCCAGGUCCAACUCCAGGUCCCAUCGCCUUAACCACCAGGCUCGCCAGCCUUUAGGGCACACUCCCCAGUGAAAGAAGAGGAAGUGAGAAACCCUAGGGCCCCAGCUCUCUGUUAUGUUUUAUUUACUUUGUGGCCAAGAAAGACUUGCCCUGACCCAACCCACAGUCUUCCCCGUCUGGAGCGGCUGCCCCAGGCCGAAGGCACCAAAGAACUGGGCUGGGGCCAUUCUGAGCCUCUGCCACCCUGGGCUGCUGGGCCCCAGGGUGCGUUUCCAGAACAGCUGUGGUUUCAGUCCAUCAUCCAUUCAUCCUUUUGACUGAGCAGCCUCCCUCCUCAGAGCUGGACCUCAGGACGCAUGAGGCAGGUGCAGACCUAGCUCCCUGAGAGCUGGGGCCGGGCGGGGCUGUGACAGGCUGGUCCAGCCAGUCCCUGGGGACAAGGACUAUGCAGUGGGCAAAACCGUAGACUUGGAGUUCUGAACUUUUCCGAGCCUCGGUUUCCUCAUCUAUUAUCAAGGUUAUUAAAGCCUGUUGCAGGGAAAGCUGCUGCCGCUCUCCCCGUGUCUUCUGGCCGCUUCCCUCUUUGCUGCCCCUCCCCACAGGCUUCCCCUCUCCACCUCCUGGGGACCAUCAUGAAUGGUGCCCCUUCCCCGGAGGAUGGGGCCUCCCCCUCUCCUCCCCCUUUGCCACCACCCCCUCCCCCCAGUUGGCGGGAGUUCUGUGAGUCCCAUGCCCGGGCUGCCGCCCUGGAUUUUGCCCGCCGUUUUCGCCUCUACCUGGCCUCCCACCCCCAGUAUGCGGGGCCCGGGGCUGAGGCUGCCUUCUCCCGCCGUUUUGCCGAGCUCUUCCUGCAGCACUUUGAAGCCGAGGUGGCCCGGGCCUCUGGCUCCCUCUCACCACCCAUCCUGGCCCCCCUGAGUCCCGGUGUGGAGAUCUCGCCACCCGACCUGUCCCUUGAGAGCUGCAGGGUGGGCGGGCCCCUGGCUGUGCUGGGCCCUUCUCGAUCAUCUGAGGACCUCGCCGGCCCCCUCCCUUCCUCAGUCUCUUCCUCUUCUACGUCCUCCUCGAAGCCGAAGCUAAAGAAACGCUUCUCUCUCCGCUCCGUGGGUCGCUCUGUCCGCGGUUCAGUCCGCGGCAUCCUGCAGUGGCGGGGGACCGUUGACCCUCCCUCCCCAGCCGGGCCCCUCGACACCUCAUCAGGCCCCCCAGUCCUGGGUGGAAACAGCAACUCCAACUCCUCAGGCGGGGCUGGGACCAUUGGCAGGGGACUGGUUAGUGAUGGAACAUCCCCCGGGGACCGAUGGACUCACCGAUUUGAGAGGCUGAGACUCAGUCGGGGCGGGGGGGCCUUGAAGGAUGGAGCGGGAAUGGUGCAGAGGGAAGAGCUGCUGAGUUUUAUGGGGGCUGAAGAGGCAGCCCCUGACCCAGCUGGAGUGGGCCGGGGAGGAGGGGCAGCCGGGCCUACCUCGGGGGGAGGAGGGCAGCCUCAGUGGCAGAAGUGUCGCUUACUGCUUCGAAGUGAAGGAGAAGGAGGAGGAGGAAGUCGCCUGGAGUUCUUUGUGCCGCCCAAGGCAUCUCGGCCUCGACUCAGCAUCCCUUGCUCUACCAUCACGGAUGUGCGGACAACCACAGCCCUGGAGAUGCCCGACCGGGAGAACACGUUUGUGGUUAAGGUGGAAGGCCCCUCGGAGUACAUACUGGAGACAGCUGAUGCUCUACACGUGAAGGCCUGGGUGUCUGACAUCCAAGAAUGCCUGAGCCCGGGACCCUGCCCCGCUACCAGUCCCCGCCCCAUGACCCUCCCCCUGGGCCCUGGGACCUCAUUCCUUACAAGGGAGAACACAGACAGCCUGGAGCUGCCCUGCCUCAAUCACUCAGAGAGUCUGCCCAGCCAGGAGCUGCUGCUGGGACCCAGCGAGAGCAAUGACCGCCUGUCGCAGGGGGCUUACGGGGGCCUUUCAGACCGCCCCUCGGCCUCCAUCUCCCCCAGCUCUGCGUCCAUCGCCGCCUCCCAUUUCGACUCCAUGGAACUGCUUCCUCCAGAGUUGCCUCCCCGCAUCCCCAUCGAAGAGGGACCCCCAGCAGGCACAGCCCAUCCCCUUGCAGCCCCCUACCCGCCCCUGGACACUCCGGAAACGGCCACAGGUACCAGAGGAUCAUUCCUGUUCCAGGGGGAAUCAGAGGGAGGUGAAGGGGACCAGCCCCUCUCAGGGUACCCUUGGUUCCACGGGAUGCUCUCUCGACUCAAGGCCGCCCAGCUAGUGCUGGCCGGAGGCACCGGUUCCCAUGGCGUCUUCCUGGUACGUCAGAGUGAGACGAGACGGGGUGAAUACGUCCUCACUUUCAACUUCCAGGGCAAGGCCAAGCACCUGCGCCUGUCGCUGAACGAGGAGGGUCAGUGCCGGGUCCAGCACUUGUGGUUCCAGUCCAUUUUCGAUAUGCUCGAGCAUUUCCGGGUGCACCCCAUCCCUCUGGAGUCUGGAGGCUCCAGUGAUGUUGUUCUUGUCAGCUAUGUCGUGUCCUCCCAGCGACAGCAGGAACCGAACACCUCCCAUGACCCACCCCAGCCCCCUGAACCCCCUUCAUGGACAGAUCCCCCACAUCCUGGGGCAGAAGAGGCGUCGGGGGCGCCAGAAGUGGCGGCAGCCGCAGCCGCAGCAGCCAAAGAGAGGCAAGAGAAAGAGAAAGCGGGCAGUCGAGGGGUCCAGGAAGAGCUGGUCCCCAUGGUUGAGCUGGUCCCUGUGGUUGAAUUGGAAGAGGCCGUAGCAUCAGGCACGGAGGCCCAGGGAGGCGCUGGAUCUGGUGGGGACCCCGGGGCCACCCCGAUGGUGCAGCUCCAGCAGUUACCACCAGGGGGCGAUGGAGAAGAAGGGGGCCAUCCCAGAGCCAUUAAUAACCAGUACUCCUUCGUGUGAAACACCCUACCCUGCUCUUUCUCCACUCUUCUUGCUCCCCAGCCCUUAGCUCAUGAGAUUGGGGCUGAGCAGGGGUGUAGAGGAGCGGUAGGAAUCCCCUCCCCACGUGCUUCCUGACCCUUGACAGCCAAGGGCACAUGCAUUGGUACAAGAAAAGGUUCAAGAGCCCUGUUAACGCCCCAGUUCAUACACUACAGGCGGCCCAUCCCCUGGGCAGGGGAUUUGGGCUCCAUUACCUCCCUGAGGGGCUCUUAUGGUCAGCCCCACCCUGGGGGCCAUUUCCCCAUUAACCACCCCCCCAACCCGAGGAAGGGUGAGGGGGAAGGGCUGUCAGUUACAUUAAGGUGGUUGUUGUUGUUGUUUUAAACAAAAUGGAGAAGCAUAAAUAAAUAAAAGGGUUUAUCUCCAUUCCAUCAUGA